AGUAGUGAUCGUUGUUGAGGAAGACUGAUUCUAUCCUACUAACGUUACUAUCUUACAGGUAGUUAGAUACAUGUUAAAGGAUCUCACAGGUUGACUAUAACUUUGGCUUGUGGAAAUAAUGGUUCAAUUUCAAAGGUGUGCGCUGAAAAACCUUAUCCUGCAGAAUCCGUACUGUCGGGGAGUUCUACCAGCGAUAAAAAGUUAUAUCCCUGAGUUCGCAUUUUGCCUCCUGCUUGGGCAUCGACGCGCUGGAUACAGUACCACAUCAGGGAUCCCUGGUGUGAGAGAACGUACUCUAGUUGCGGUGAAACCAGAUGGGGUCCAGCGUCGCCUUGUAGGGCAGAUCACGCAACGCUUUGAGCAGAGAGGCUUCAAACUGGUGGGCCUGAAGAUGCUACAGGCACCAGAGGAGCAGCUCUCUCAGCAUUACCAUGAGUUAAGGAGGAAGCCGUUUUACCCCAGUCUCCUGCACUACAUGACCUCUGGUCCCAUAGUUGUUAUGGUGUGGGAGGGUUAUAAUGUGGUCCGGACAUCCCGGAUCAUGAUAGGAGACACCAACCCAGUCGAGGCCCAAGCAGGCACCGUUCGAGGGGACUUCAGCAUUCACAUCAGCAGAAAUGUGGUCCAUGCCAGUGAUUCAGUAGAGGGGGCUCAGAGGGAGAUCGAGCUGUGGUUUCAUCAAAAGGAACUGAUGGAUUGGGCCUGCUGUGACCACAGUAGUACCUACCAGAUAUGAGAAAGAGAUGGGAGGCAGAGAUGGAAAGGAAGAGUUAAGCAUUUCAUUAUACUGUUUUGAACCUGCUGUAUCCUGUGCAUGUGACAAUUAAACUUGAAAGCGUGAAAGAGGUAGAACGACCAACAGGAAUAGUGGCACCAUAACCAUACCUACCUCUUUAUGUGCCCCACGUGCGAUACUCAGCCCUCUCCAUCUUGGGUGGCUCCAAUAACCCUGAGCCCCUCAGCUACUCCUAUAGUUUACAUUCCUCACCAUAUGUAUUUGGACAGUGAAAUGAAAAUGUUAAUUUUGGCUCUAUACUCCAGAAUUUUGGAUUUGAGAUCAAAUUAUCAAUAUGACAUUAUAUUACAUAAUGUUUGUUUAUUUGAGGGUGUUUUCAUGCUUAUCUGUUUUACCAUUUAGACAUAAAAGCACUUUAUAU